UCUCGUGGUAAGAGUUCAGCAAGGAACAGAACAUCAAUUGUCAAUGACAAAAGAUGAAUCGGGAUCCACGUUAAUGUUGGCUUAAAUUAAGACUGCCUCUGUCUGUCACGAGACGCUUAAUCCUGCUCAUAGCUACUGCCAUUAUGCCAACGCAGGGGAAUCUUCUCCAUCAAAUUACUGCUCCACCUCUUGCUUAGCAUUUGUGACGGCCCAAACGUCUGCAACAAGUUACCUCGGGUUGUGUUUUCAUCUGCUCAUUGCCCGGCUGGAAGUCUUGGAUCCGGAGAUUCUGGGUCUUCUCAAUGUUAGCGCUGCAGGUGAUUUAUAUUUAUUAUGUAUAUAUGUGAUGGUAAGCCAUUGUCGGACCUCUCUUCUCCUUUUCUUCCCUUUCUUCUUUCUACUGCUGCUCCUCGUUUCCCUCCGUCAACAUCCUCCACGCUCUCCUCUUUCACCGGCAGCAAAAGAGAGCGCCAGUGAAUAUAGUAGUAGUCCAUGGUAGUGAUGCCUGGCGAAGCUGGAAGCGUGUGGAGGGCCUCCUCCUCCUGCUUCUUCCAGCUACUGUUGUGCUCUGUUCUCUUAUCUAUGGACGCCCGCGCCAUCGACCUGCAGGGCGAGGCGCUGCUUUCGUGGAAGCGGAGCUUGAAUGGUGAUAGCAGUAAUGAUGAUGUACUUGCUGACUGGAACCCGAACGACGCGAGCCCGUGCCGGUGGUAUGGCAUCACCUGCGACGCCAGCGGCCGAGUGGUGGAGUUGACUCUGCAGUACGUGGACUUGCUAGGCGGCGUGCCGGCCAACCUGAGCGCGCUGGCGAGCUCCCUCUCGAAGCUGGUGCUCUCCGGGACUAAUCUGUCCGGGCCCAUCCCGCCGCAGCUGGGAGAGCUCCCCCGACUUGUCCACCUGGAUCUCAGCGACAAUGCGCUCACGGGCUCCAUCCCCGACGGCCUGUGCCGGCCGGGAAGCCGCCUUGAGCGCCUUUAUCUCAACUCCAACCGACUCGAGGGACCGAUUCCGGCCUCCAUCGGCAACCUCUCGCUGCUCCGGUGGCUGGUCGUCUACGACAACCAGCUCGAGGGGGAGAUUCCGCCGACCAUCGGGCAACUCGCGAGGCUCGAGGUAUUCCGGGCGGGAGGGAACAAGAACCUGCGAGGUGCAUUGCCCCCGGAGAUUGGCAAUUGCACCAGCAUGGUCAUCAUCGGCCUCGCGGAGACCGGCAUCUCCGGUCCGCUGCCCCCCAGCAUGGGAGCGUUGAGGAAUCUCCAGACGUUGGCCAUCUACACCGCGCUGCUCUCGGGCCCAAUCCCGCCAGAGUUGGGCCAGUGCGCGGAGCUGCAGAACAUGUACCUCUACGAGAACUCUCUCUCGGGUUCCAUUCCGCCGCAGCUGGGUCAGCUCAAGAAGCUCCGAAACCUGCUUCUCUGGCAGAACAAUCUGGUAGGCGUGAUCCCACCGGAGCUCGGAGAUUGCGGCGAACUUCAGGUGGUUGAUCUCUCGAUGAACGGCUUGACGGGGAGGAUCCCCGCCACCCUCGGCAACAUCACUGACCUCCGGGAGCUCCAGCUAAGUGUGAACCAGAUAUCAGGCCCGAUACUGCCGGAGAUCGCUCGCUGCCGGAACCUCUCCGACCUUGAGCUUGACAACAACCUGAUCUCCGGCGGGAUACCAGCAGAAAUCGGCCUGCUGGUGAAGCUCCGGACGCUGUACCUCUGGGCUAACCGGCUCACAGGGGGAAUCCCGCCGGAGAUGGGCGGCUGCGAGAAUCUUGAGGCCGUGGACCUGUCGCAGAACAAUCUCACUGGCUCCAUCCCCAAGGGAAUCUUCCGGCUGAGGAGCCUGAGCAAGCUGCUGCUCCUGGACAACGAUUUGUCCGGCCCAAUCCCGCCAGAGGUCGGCAACUGCUCGUCUCUUGUCCGCUUCAGAGCCAACGGAAACGGGAUUACCGGAGCGAUUCCUCCGGAGAUUGGCCUGCUGAAGAACCUCAGCUUCCUAGAUCUCAGCUCGAACCGGCUUGCCGGAGCCAUCCCUGGGGCGAUGGCGGGGUGCCGGAAUCUGACCUUCGUCGAUCUCCACGACAACAACAUCGGCGGCAGCCUACCGGAUGGGCUCUUCGAGGGCCUCGUAUCGCUACAGUACAUAGACCUCUCCGAUAACUCCAUCGGCGGGGAUCUGCCGCCGGCAAUCGGUUUACUGACCUCACUCACAAAGCUUACUCUCGCGAGGAACCAGUUAUCCGGCCAGAUCCCGCCUGCGGUCGGCUCGUGCUUGCGGCUCCAGCUGUUGGAUCUGAGCAAUAACAAGCUCUCCGGUGAGAUCCCAGCGACCAUUGGCAAGAUAAUGGCGUUGGAGAUCGCCGUGAAUCUGAGCUACAACGACCUUUCGGGCCAGAUACCGGCGGAGUUCGCAGCGCUCAUCCGGCUCGGGGUGCUUGAUCUCUCCCACAACCGGCUCUCGGGCGACCUCCAGCCCCUGGCCGCCCUCGAAAACCUCGUUGCCCUUAAUGUCUCCUUCAACAACUUCUCCGGCCGCGUCCCGGACAGCGUCUUCUUCUCCAAGCUCCCGAUCGGCGACUUAGAAGGCAACCCAGCACUCUGCCUCGCUCGCUGCUCCGGUUUCGACGAUGUCAGCGACCGAAUCAACGCGCGGAGGGCUGGCCGCGUCGCAACGGCGGUGCUCCUUUCGGCUGCGGUCGUGCUAUUCGCCACGGCGGCCAUCGCCCUUGUUAGCAGGAGAAGGGCCCACCGCGAGGACGGGUGCGAUGAGGAGGAGAAGGACGGCGACUUGUCGCCGCCGUGGGAGGUGACUCUGUACCAGAAGAUGGAGAUUGGUGUUGUCGAUGUGGCCCGGAGACUCACGGCGUCGAAUGUCAUCGGCCGGGGUUGGUCCGGGGUGGUGUACCGUGUGAGGAUCCCGGCCACGGGGUCGCUGAUCGCCGUCAAGAAGUUCCGCACGGGUGAUGAAGCGGCAGCCGCGGCCUUCGCGUGCGAGAUUGGAGCCCUGGCGCGCGUGAGGCACCGGAAAAUCGUGCGGCUGCUUGGGUGGGCGGUGAACCGCCGUUCCCGGCUACUGUUUUACGACUACCUCCCGAGCGGGACGCUGGGCGGGCUGCUCCACGGCGGAGGCACGGUAGCGGCGGUGGAGUGGGAGGUGCGGCUGGGGAUUGCCGUCGGGGUGGCGGAGGGGCUUGCCUACCUGCACCACGACUGCGUGCCAGCGAUCAUCCAUGGCGACGUGAAGACGGAGAACGUCCUCCUGGGCGAGCGGUACGAAGCUUGCCUCGCGGAUUUCGGCCUCGCUCGAGUGGUGGACGACGGCGGAGCGGACAGGCGCGAUUCCCACACGCCCGCAUUCGCUGGCUCUUACGGCUACAUUGCUCCCGAGCACGGGUGCAUGACGAGGAUCACAACGAAGAGCGACGUGUACAGCUUCGGGGUGGUGCUGCUGGAGACGAUAACGGGGAGGAGGCCGGCGGACCCAGCGUUCGGGGAGGGGCAGAGCGUGGUGCAGUGGGUGCAGGACCACCUCAGGAGGAAGCGUGACCCGGCGGAGGUGGUGGAUCCCAGGCUCCAGGGGCGUGCCGACCCCCAGGUCCAGGAGAUGCUCCAGGCCCUCGGCAUCGCCCUCCUCUGCACCAGCACCCGCACCGACGACCGCCCCACCAUGAAGGACGUCGCCGCCCUCCUCCGCGGAAUCCAUGGCCACGACGAUCCCAGCAACCCUGCCGAGGCCCGCAAGCCCGGAUCCGUCAGCGUCGGCGAUCGAGAGGUCAGAAAGAGGGAUGAGCCGGCAGAGGCUGCCAUCCGCACCCCUUCCCAAUGCUCGCUCGCGUUCUCCUCCUCCUCUUCGCGCAGCAUCGACAAUUGCUUGCAAUGACAUCUCUCACCGCCGGCAAUCACUCGCUUGCAAUGGCAUCGGAGACCGGAUGCGCUGGAACAAUGUCCAGGGCAUAAUGGUCCGCCGAUAAGGAACGCUCCAUUCCGUCGGAGCUCCAAAUUAGGAAGAAUCAUGGAAGGCAAAAUUUUCAUUUAUGCCCUUUUCAAAAUUAAAAUAUCAUUUCUUGAUCGAUUAGAAUUGUGACAUUUAUGAUAUAGUCUCACAUGAGAAGUAAA